AUGACCACGCUGCGCCUUGCUCACUUCAACGAUGUCUACCGCGUCCAGCCGUUCAAGUUGGAGCCUAAGUCGCCCGAGACGAUCGACGUGACCCAAUGGACGGCAAUGCUCGACGGCGUGCGGGAUAGCUGGCCGCAGCGUGAAGAUGGAAAACGCGACGGGCUUGUCCUCUUUUCUGGGGACGUCUUCAGCCCGAGCGUCGAGAGCUCAGUGACGCGGGGCAGCCACAUGGUCCCGGUCAUGAACGUGAUCGACCCCGAUGUCUCGCUCACCGGCAAUCACGACUUUGAUUUCGGCUAUCCCCACUUGUCGAAGCUGAUCAAAGACACCCACUUCCCCUGGAUUCUCAGUAACAUCAUCGAUUCGGAGACGGGCAAUACCCCAGAGGCCCUCCGGGAGUUCUGUGUCUUCGAGCGAGCAGAUGUGCGCAUAGGUGUGAUUGGACUCGUCGAAAAAGAAUGGAUCGGAACCGUGUCCUCAUGGCCUUCCAGCUUCGAGUACAGAGACAUGGCCGAGGUCGCUCUGGCACUCUCUGAGAAGCUGCGUGACCCAUCAGGGGCACACAAGUGCGACAUCAUCAUUGCCUUGACUCAUGCACGGGUGCCCAACGAUGUAGCAUUGGCUAAGGAAGUCAAUGCAUUAUCCCCUGCAGGUCAGAAAGACACGCCGAUCGAUAAUCUGCACGGGGUGGACAUUAUCUUUGGUGGACACGACCACCUCUACUUCAUCUCGAAGGGAGUUACGUUGUGGGAAGGGUAUGACCUUCAGCAAGAUAUUCUGGGUGCGGAAGAAGACAAGGGCGAUAUCCUGGUAGUGAAAAGCGGGACGGACUUCCGAGACCUCAGCGAGAUCACUCUGGAGCUUUCAGAUACGCCCGAAGGGAGCAUUCGGAGGAAGAUCAUCCACGGGAUACGAGGGAAGUAUCAUACUACAAAACCUAACUCCACAAAGAGCGAUCGCGUCGUUAGGCUUCUAGAAGACCUCCUCUCGUCCGUGAGCUCCGCUAUGAAGAAACCUGUUGGCAAUACUGAAGUGGAGUUGGAUCUCCGGUCGUCUUUGAUACGCGUUCAAGAGACCGCGGGAGCCAACUGGUUCGCGGACGUGCUUAGGCAUUCGUAUGACGACGCUCUGGUUGCACAGACAGGCGAAGGCUCUGAUGGGGUGUUUAUAUGCGCCGGUACUUUGCGAGGGGACUCCGUCUACGGCCCUGGACCCAUCACCCUGGGUGAUAUCCUCGAGAUUCUCCCUUUCGAAGACCCACUCGUAGUGCAAGAAAUGGAUGGAGAGACUAUCUGGGCAGCUCUUGAGGCUUCGCUAGAGACAUGGCCUGCUCAAGAAGGCCGCUUCCCGGUAAUUUCCGGUUUCCGUGUCUCAUGGGACUCCCGGAAGCCCAAAGGCCAGCGGGUAUUGGGAGUUUGGCUCCUCCAAGAGCAGUCAGAUGGCAAGAGUACACCGAGUACACCUAGCGGCGCAGCCUCGCCUCUCCGAUCGAACUCUGCGUCUUCAUCCAUGACAAGUCUAUUGCAGUCCGGGAAUAGCCCGGCAUCUCAGUCCAAUCCCCAGCUUGUCGACGGGGAGCCGAUCAAACGGGUCAAAGGGGGGAGGAUGUACAAGAUCGUCACUCGCGAGUACAUGGCUCAGGGUCACGACGGUUUCCUUCCGCUGAAGGGAUGCAAGUACCUUGUCGACGACGAGAGCGGGCAGAUGAUGAGCGCCAUCGUCCGCAAGUACCUCCUUGGCGCCCGCUUCGUCAACCGCCUCGCGCGCAUGGCGUCCACGAACCCCGUCCAGCUCCUCCACCCAGACACCUCCGCGAUAGUCCAGCGCGAGAAGGCGCGGCAGUCGCGCCCGACGCGCCGCUCGCGCUCCAAGUCCAAGGACCGCGGCCUCGCGUCCGCCGUGCGCUCCAAGAGCCCGCUCGGCUCCGGGCACGCUGGCCGCACGACGCCGACACCGGCGACAGCGACGACGCCGCGGUCAAUGAGCCCCGGGCGCGCGAUCGGGGAUAUGUGGCGGCGGGUCGCGGGCAUGGCGCUGCGUUGGUCCCGCGGGCACUACCGCGACCACUUCCGGGUGACAGGCAGGGAGCACAUGAGCGAUGUGGACUGCUUUGACGGCGCGCGGAUGCGCAGGGGGAGGGCGGAGGGCGAGCAGAAGCCGAAGGAGGACGAGGAGCUGAACGGGGCUGAUGAGGACUUGUUGGUGAUUCAUCCCGUUGUGGAUGGUCGUCUCAAAGAUGAAGGCAGGAAGUAA